ACAACGUUAGCACCUGUCAGCUUUAAUUGUGGAUAAAUCUGGAUCAUUUUGAGCUUUUGUCAAACUGACAAAAACAACUGUCAAACUGACAAAAACAACUGUCACCGAACUGACAGUUCGGUGAACUGUCCACGACCCCUAUGGCACGUCUUCAGACCUCCGCCGACUCUCGAGUGCAGACGCUGUAGAGUCAAGUGCCAUAAAGACCACAUCGAUCGCAAAGAAGAGGUCCUCGCUCCAUGUAGAGUGAAUUACGACAUGUCCACAGCGAAAGAGAUGCUGCUGCUGGCAAACUCCACAGAGGAGCAGAAGAAGUGGGUCAGUCGGCUGCUCAAAAGGGUUCCGCGUAAGCCCUCCAUCGCCCACUCGUCCAGCAUAGCCAUAUCCGCUGCGCCCUCAGAGGCAACACCCACUACCCUUUCCCCUCAGCCGUCGCCUCGCCUCGCUCAGUCUUCACCCAGACUUUCACACCGAGCAGCCGUCAAAGUGCACUCUACACGACAGCAGCCCUCCAGCAAGAACAGAUUGCUUGAAAUGGGCCUGAAGGACUGGGGUUGGGCUCUUGAGGUUGAAUUGGAUGAUGACGAUGUUUUAGACUUCUGAAAACUUGAGGUUUUUGAGGGGUGACCAGCGUGUGGCUUGAGGAUGCAUUUAUAUCUCUAACCUUGGUGAAGGCCGGAUAGGUGAUCAUGCAUCUGGGGUCUAUGAAAGCGGAAAAUGUCAUAGUGUUCAUUUGGGCUAAUGGCAGGACUUCCAAGUGCCAAACACCACAAUAUAAAUGACUGGGGAAGGGGACGGUAUAUGAUAUUUAAAUACAGCACAAGCCAUAAAUCACCUAAAGUAUCUAGUUUCAAUUUUAAGUCAUUUUAAGAGUAGAGUGUUUGUGUUUUCCUAUACUAUACAGUUUGACAAAAAGUGUCUUCUAAGCUUUUAAAAAUGUCAGAGGUUAUUUUCGGACUCCUUAUAGGGUUGUUAGUAAGUGUGACUGGAUGUUUAAGUGUGUUUCCAAGAGCAAAUGAAUGAUAAUUACGAGAUCAUCAGGAUUUAUAUAAUCAAGUAUUAUAUCUAUUUUUGUUCAGAAAAACAAAUAUUUAGUGGCACAGAUUAUAUUUUUGUCAUCUUUUAUUUUGAAGAACACCUUCAAUAAGCAUUACGUCUGCUCUAUGUAUUAUUGAAGACUGAUAUCAUGAUGCAAAGAUGCACAUUUUAUUAAAUGCUGUGACAAAUUUGUAUGCAUAGUGGAACAUGAAGACCUACGGUCCAAACAUUUUCUUUAUUUUAUUAUUUUGUGAAAUUGUUUAUAAAAAAGCUUUAUUUGAUUGAA